UGUGUCCCCUCCUCCAGCCCAGCUCCAGGGGACCCGGGGGUCCUGCAGCAGCUGGAGCAGCGGCCGUUGCCCACCGGGGCCCAGGUGGCUUGCACGCCCACCCCUUGCCCUACUCCGUCCUCCCGCCCCGCCGGGCCCCCCGCCGGGCCCCCCUCCAGGCCUGCCUGGGGCUGCUCCCGGUGGAGCCCUCCAGCCCCGUGCUGGUGGUUGGCUCGCGGGGCUGUCAGGCUCCCCUCCUGCCCCUUCUCCCGCUGCCUUCAGUCGCUUCCCCCUCCCUCUGCCCCGCCCUCUCUCUCCUCCCCACCCCCUUCCCUCCUUCCAUCCUCCUCCCUCCUGCGGACCGGCGGGCGGCCGCUGCUGCUGCUGCUGCUUGCUGAGGAGGAGGCUGAGGAGGCUGCCCGAGGUUGGGGGAGAGCCAAGCUCUGUCACCCCAGUCAUGCCUCUGCCGCGGACGCCCCUGGGUCGGCCUCUGGUCGGCUUCGUCUGCUUGGUCCUGGUUUACCAAUUGGUUGUGAUCACUGCCUGCCCGGAAUCGGACUUUGGCCAGCUCCUGGAUGAACUCUGCCUCACCAAGUUCAAACUGGAAAUGGAAGAGAUUGAGAAGAAGUUCUGGUGUGACUGGGGGCAGACGUUCAAGAGUUACAGAGAGGUCACCAACUGCACCUACCUAAUUGCAGAGAAGCUGGAUUGCUACUGGCCCAACUACCAGGUGAACGACUUCUUCCUGGCCAUUCACAGGCACUACUUCCAAGACUGCCCUGCCACAGGAAGGGUCCUGAAGGACCCCCCCAGCAACGUCCUCUGCCCCUUCAUCAUCGCCCCCAUCUUGGUGACCCUCCUCGGGACCGCCCUGGUGGUGUACAAGAGUCAGCGGAAUGAGGGCAUUGUGUAAGGCCUCGCCACCCCGGUGUGUACCACUUGGGACUUCUGCGUGCACGUCCACACCUGCCAUCAUGACCUGAGACUGUGAGGUGGUCAGACUUGAGGGGCAUGCUGGGAAGGAGAUGGGAGGAGGUGGGCUGGGUCUGAGAAAACCUCUUCUAAUGAGGGGGCUUAUUCCCUGCAAGGCCAUGCGUGGUGGGUGGGUGGGCAGGGAUGAGGAAGCAGUGUGGAAGACAAUGUGAACAUAGACUACAGUCCUAUUCAUUUCCUCUAAACAAUAUGUCCCCCACCCCCAAGUAAAGUUAACAAUAUUUUCCAGUUGCUAACAGAUUUGAGAAUUAAGUGUGACCAGAGCCCCAUCUUGACUCAACCAACAAGGGUCCAACAGAUUUAAGGUUGGUCAAAGUUCCAUCAAACAGAAUUGUUGUAAGUGUAAAUUAUUCCCUGGGAAGUCUUUGGUCAACUGUUUUUCUUGAAGCGUUCAUUCUCCAGAUGUGAUCCUCUGGCCUUAUGAUGUUGCCAAUGUAUAAAAUAGGUUAUUAUACUGUACACAUGGAACACACUGUGUUCGGGUGAUUAAAAGAUAUAGUCUCAAAUGUG